AUGGCGAGCCAUCUUCGAUCCUUACUAUCCUCUGGAAGAAUUCAUUUUCCCAACCUCUUGGCGCCGAGGGUACCGGCCAUCUUCCGGAGCCGUAGAGCCAUCGUUAUAUUUUGUGCUUUUUCUCUAGCCUUGACCUUCACCCUCUGGCAACUUCCAACGGAUCACAGUCCUCAAUUCGCCAAUCUCGAAGAUGACUUAGGCCCUCCUAAUCCGAAUCGACUUGCUCUCGGACAGCACUACCCUUCCCGGCAGACCAUUUGCCAAGGGAGCUUCGACUGGCUUAAUGAGCUUGACAUUCCUUUCCCCGUCAAAUAUGCCCGGCGAGACAUCGUGGUCAGAUCCAAUGGAAAGGCUCAACGUGACUCCAUCACUAAGGUCGACGAGCCAUUAUUUGGCGACUUGACAAUCGUCGAGCCCGGGAAGGAUAACGAUGAGCCCGGCUUACCACAUUGCUUAGAGCCUUUAUUCCUAGACGUCCCUGCUUUCGCCGAUGCUCCGGCAGACGCGUCCCAUAUCAUUUUCGGCGCUGCAACUACCCUGGGCCGCCUGGAGGUUUCUCUACCCUUUUUCGAGCGCUGGCUUGCGCAUACCAAUGCGAGACUUUUCGUUGUGGUUACUGGACCUGAUGACAGCGCACCAAACCCGGAGCACAUGGCUGAAUUGCAGUCGCGUAUGCGGGGUCUCGGCAUGCAAGUCACACUCGUGAAGCCUCUUGACCGCCAGGAUGGGAUUUUAGAGCGCUAUUUCUCCCUCGUGAAGAUCAUGUAUGCCCAUCGUAACGAAAAUACCCGCUGGAUCGGCUUCAUCGAUGAUGACACUUUCGUCACUUCGAUGUCUGCGCUCGUUUCCGCUCUCGACAGGUAUGAUCACACGCAGCUUAGGUAUCUUGGCGCGCUAUCGGAAGAAUGGUGGACGGUCGUACUCUAUGGUCUGAUAGGGAUGGGUGGUGGUGGCAUAUUCCUUUCAGUGCCACUAGCCGAAAUUGUUGAUGCAAAUCAUGACGAAUGCAAGGGAAAUUCUCGAAUGGGUUUUGGCGACCAUAAGAUCUACGAGUGUAUAGAGAGGUACACCAAGACUCCGCUCACUUCUUUACCGGGUCUGCACCAAAUCGACAUCCAUGGCGAUCGGUCAGGAGUGUUUGAGAGUGGCCGGCAGAUACUAACUCUGCACCACUGGAAAGAGGGCUAUUGGGACGAGAAUGGCAGAGGUCCCGAUGGUAUCAGACAUCAGAGAUGGUUCCCCAUGGACCAAAUGUCCCUUGUUACAGACGUCUGCGAUAAAUGCUACUUACAACGCUGGCAGUUCGGCACAGACAUGAUUCUCAGUAACGGCUACUCCAUCUCCCUGUAUCCGAGAGGCGCGCUUUCAACGAAAAAGGAGAAGCCGUUGCGAUUGGACAAGAUGGAAUAUACGUGGGUCACGCCGAUGAAGGUUGAAGAUUCUCACAAUGAAGGGUGGGAUCACUAUUUGGGGCCGCUGAGAACGCCGUUGAAGCUUGAGGACGAGAAGAUCCCGUAUAGGUUCUUGGCGGGCGUCAAGGUUGAUGGCGGCGUGAGGCAGUAUUAUCGGCACUUGGGCAUGGAUGGGGAUAUGGAUACUGUGAUUGAGCUCUUCUGGAUCCGGGAAGAUGCAUGGAAGAGUACUGCGACCUCACCGGAGUAA